GAGAAUUUCGCCAGAGAAGAAAUGCAUUUUGUUCCCUUAAUUUAAGAAUCUUUCUCGUCGCACGAGUUUCUCAUCGUUUUUUAAAUUAUACAAGCUCAGAGCGUGAUGAGAGCUUCGCAAGGUUGCAGAUGCGUGGGUGGUGGAGUUUGGACUACAGGCUUGGAAGCUAGGGGUUUUUGAUCAUCUAUACAGCGAUGAUGGUGCUCGAGUGCCGUAAAAAAACCCUAAAAUUUCCUUACAGAGAGUCGUGAUAGAAGAGAUUGGGUGGGUAGCUGUUCUAGGGCUUUUGUUUGGAGGAGAUCUACCAUCAGGACUCAUGGCGUUUACGGUCGGCUACUGAACCAGGUAAUUGGAAAUUUUUGCAGUUCUAGGAACGAAAAACCAACUACUGAAGCGGUUGAAAUGGCGGAAAUUAAGGCUCGAAUUUGGUUACAGAUCUAUGGAGAUGACUGGAAACUUAGUUCAUCUUUGAAGACAUUAAGGUGACGGUCACUCUUAUCUUGACUCUGUGAUGUUGUAGUAUAUGUAUAAUUUAUAAACCAGACUAAGGGGGAAAAAUGGAUUGAAGUUUUAAUGUAUUUUUGCUGUUAGAGGGAAGGGAAACUUGCGCAGAAGAUCUGUUGAAAAGGAUGUAUUAUUCUUUUACUUUGAUAUAGUUUUCUCACCAUUGGUCGAUCUUAAGUUAGAAACUGAAACCAAACAAAGGGGUUUUGGUUCCAAAAGUUUAUAUUUUGGAUUUUAGUCAAUAUUCUCAGGCUGAGAAGAUAUGGGUGAGCAGAGGGAUGUAAGGGGGAUCUUUUGGUCUAAUGACGAAGAGAAGGCCAUGACGCAAGCAAUUUUGGGUUCUGAAGUCUGUGAUUUCUUGACUUCUCCAAGCUAUGUUUCGCCGGACUCGGUUACACCCUCUGGCUACAGAAGUGUGCAGCAGGAGCUGUGCCAGCUUGUUGAAGGCUCAAGCUGGACCUACGCCAUUUUCUGGCAGGUCUCAAGAUGUAAGUCUGGUGAGUUGGUCUUAAUAUGGGGAGAUGGGCACUGCAGAGAACCCAAGGGGGAUGAAAGAGAACAAGAUGGAACUUUCACGAGUUCCCAAUCACAGAAGAAGGUUGGAGGAGGGGAAGAAGAGCAAGAGAUGAGGAAGCAGGUGCUUCAAAAGCUUAACUCGUUCUUUGGUGGAUCAGAGGAAGAUAACUAUGCAGCACGGUUGGAUUCUGUUUCAGAUGUGGAGAUGUUCUACCUUACAUCCAUGUAUUAUUCGUUCAAAUAUGAUGCCCAGGCCGGUCCUGCUCGUUCAUUUUCCUCCCAUAGACCAAUCUGGGUUGUGGACCAAAAGGUUUGUGCAGAUCAUUAUCAGUCAAGAUCAUUUCUGGCAAGAUCAGCUGGCUUUCGGACCCUGGUUUUUGUUCCGAUCGAUUCAGGGGUGGUGGAACUUGGUUCUGUUAAAUCACUCCCAGAAGAUCAAAAUGUCUUGCAGAUGAUUAAAACUUUACUUGGGGAUUCCAGUACUCAUCAGUCAACACCAGUGGCAACAGCAACAGUAACAGCAACAAUGAACCCUAAGAUCUUUGGUCAUGACCUUAGUCUAGGCAGCUCGAAACCCCGUUCAAUCGCUAUUAAUUUCUCCCCAAAGGUGGAAGAAGAUGAGGGUUUCCAAUUAGAAUCCUACAAAGUGCAAGAAACAGUACCUAGACAUGGUAAAACCAUAGCUACGGGCAAAGAGAUGGGUGCUAAUCUGGUUGUUGGAACUUUUCCCAAUGGGUAUAGAAGUGGAGAAAAUGAUGUUAAACCAUUUCCACAGCCAAAUCAGAUGAUCGUAGGGGCUCUAACUCAAUCUAGGGUUGGUGAACUGAAUGAUGAUACAGUACCUCGGCCUGAAGAGAGGAAACCUAGGAAAAGAGGGAGAAAGCCUGCCAAUGGGAGAGAGGAACCAUUGAACCAUGUGGAAGCAGAGAGGCAGAGACGGGAGAAGCUUAAUCAGAGGUUUUAUGCAUUAAGAGCUGUUGUACCUAAUAUCUCAAAGAUGGACAAGGCCUCGUUGCUUGGAGAUGCCAUUACCUACAUCACCGAUCUCCAAAUGAAGAUUAGGGUCUUGGAAGCCGAAAAAGAGAUGUCGAAUGGAAGCCAAAAGAAUUUACCUGUUCCAGAGAUUGAUGUUCAGACAAGAAAUGAGGAAACCAUUGUUCGUGUGAGCUGCCCACUAGAUUCACACCCUGUCUCUAAAGUCAUUAAGGCAUUUAGAGAAACUCAAGUUAUGGUUCAAGAAUCUAAUGUUUCAACCAUUGACAAUGACUCAGUUCUUCAUACAUUCUCUGUCCGUACUCAAAAUGGUACAAGUGAACAUUUGAAGGAGAAGUUGGUUGCUGCUCUCUCAAGAUAACCUGAUUGUAAAAUUGUAGUUGUAAGAUGAAUGUCAGUGCAUCUACCUUUUUUUUUUCAUCUAAACUUUUUGCUUUGUUUUUAGCUUUCUGUAGGCAACUGCAAAGUGGCAAUUCCUGAUAUUGGAAUAAUUGGCAUUCUGUACCAUGAAUGAAGUUUCCAUCAUCUUAA